CGCCGUGACGAAACUAAGCAACAUCAGUUUACCUUAUAUAAGCUUCCACCACAUCCAUACUAAUUUGCCGCAAGCGACCGGAAUCCUUACGGUCGCGCACGGCUACAAGCGUUGUUUGCCCGGAACCCCGAUCGUUUCACCAAGUCGUAUAGAAAGCCUGAAUGUACACAAACUAAGGGCUCGCAGUCUCGGGGGAAUGGGAGGUAAUGACGAGGCCGAAGACGACGGAGCCAAGCUGCUGCGGUCUAGCGAGCCAAGAAGCGGGGAUGUGCUGCCAAAUAGAAUGUCGGUGCUUAAGAAGCAGUUCGCGGCGCUCACACGAGCGCUGUGGGACAGCGGCGUGGCGUGUGUGUGCGCGGCGGCGGUUGUGUUCUCACUGUCGGCCUUCUUCGUCAAGCUCAUGGGACAUGACAUGCCCGUGUUCGAGAUAGUGGCGGUGCGCUCCGUGUCCUCCUUCCUGGUGUGCGCCGUCUAUGCUCGGGCCGCCGGCGUCAGCCCGCUGUUCGGGAGGCGAGCCAACCUCAAGUUCCUGAUGUCGCGGGGGCUGUUCGGCGCCGCCGCCAUGACCAGCUACUACUUCUCGCUGCAGCUGCUGCCGCUGGCGGACGCAGUGACGCUGUUCUUCCUCAACCCGGCGGUCACGGCCGUUGUGGCGUGGGCGGUGCUGAAAGAGCCGCUGGGGGGGCGCGGGGCGGUGGGCGUGCUGGUGAGCGUGGCGGGCCUGGUCCUCAUCACCCGCCCGCCCUUCCUGGGCUUCAGCAGCGGCAGUAGCAGCAGUAGCAGCAGUAGCAGCGCGGCGCUGCACGGCGACGGCGGCGUGGGCGUGUCUGCUGCUGGGGCGGCGGCGGCGGGUGCGGGUGGAGGCGGCGGGGGUGUGGAGUGGGAUGCGCAGCGGCUGCUGGGGACCCUGUUCGGGGUGUUGAGUGCGGUGCUGAGUGCGGGCGCCUUCAUCAGCAUCCGCUUCAUUGGCAAGGGCGAGCCAGCCCUGGUCAUGUCGGUGUACUUCCACGUGUGCGCCGCCGCCUCCAGCGCCCUGCCGCUGACGCUGGGGCUGCCCGCGGCCGCCGUGGCGCCGGGCGGGCUGCAGUGGGCGCUGCUGGCGGGCGUAGCGGCCACGUCGUUCUGGGGGCAGAUCCUCAUCGGCCGCGGCUUCCAGCUGCUGAGCGCGGCGCGGGCCUCAGCCAUAAACUUCACGCAGGUUGUGUACUCGUACAUGCUGGGGUUGCUGUUCCUGCAUGAGUCGCUGUCACUCAGCGGCGGCGCCGGCUCAGCGCUAAUCGCCACCGGGGCCGUACUCGUCAACCUCCGGCCCAAGCCGCCGCCCGCAGCAGCAGGAGCAGCGGCUGGACCUGCGACAUCAGCGGCAGAGUCAGGAGGAGCGGGGGAGCAGCAGCAGCAGGCGCAGACGCAGCUGGCGGCGGCCGGCGGGGCGACGGCCGCUGCGGACGGCGGCGCGGCGCGGCACAAGGCGACCAGCAAGGGCGCGGGCGGCGGCUGUGAUGACGAGGACGAGGAGGCGGCGCGCACGACAGCGGGGAGGGGUGGGAAUGAUGGAGGGGAGGGGAGUGAGGGGUGUAGAGGGGAACGGGGAGGGCGAGGGGCAGGGCCGGACGGCUCAGGCGGCGGCCGGCAAGUGGAGCUGCAGGAGGUCCGGGUGGACGGCGGCGGGCGUAGCGGUGGCAGCGGGCGUAGCGGCGGCGGCACAGAGCGGGUGCUGGUGCCGAUAGCGGCGGUGGCAGGGCCUGGGUCCCAGCAGCAGCAGGGGCCCCUGCCGCCCUCGCUAUCCGCACUGGGGCCUGCGCCAGUAGGGGCAGUGGGGACACGGAGCUCAGCGGCAGUAGCCACAGUAGCAGUACUAGCAGCAACAGCAGCUGCAGCUGCUGCUGGUGUUGGUGUUGGUGGCAGUGUUGAUGCUGUGGCCCAGGACCAUGCGUGUCAGGACGAGGCGGGCCAGGGCCAGGGUGCGGGCGAGGGCGAGGGCCAGGGUGCCGGCGAGGGUGAGGGCGAGGGCGCCAGCCUGCUGCGCUGCACCUUGUCUUGGCGGCCAGCGGGCGGCGGCGGCAGGAGCGGCGCCCUGACAGCAGCGGCGGCUUGCGAGGCCGGGUUAGGGGCUGCAAGUGCGAGUGCGAGUGGCGCAGCAGGAGGCGGGUCAGGGGUGGUGGCGGGGGUGGCCGCGCAGCCGCUCCGUGCGCUGCGGUGGGGUGGCAGCGGCGCACCUGAUGCACCCGGGUGUGGCGGCACGCAACUGCGUGGCGAGGGAGAGGGGCAGGGGGAGGGGGAGGGGCAGGGGCAGGGGCAGGGGGAGGGAGACGAGGAGCGGCAAGGGCUGCUGCACGCAGGGACGCAGCCUAGAGGUCUGGCCGCGUGAUGUGGCGUGCUGCUGCAUGCCACCGGGCCGGAUGCGCCAGCCGGGCAAUAUAAUGUUAAGACCAACGAAUGAGAUCAUGUGUGUAUGAAGUAUGAACCCUGUAUUAAUCAUGAGCAUUUGCAUGGCGCCCGCGGCUACGGUGUGCUGUACGAAUAAGCCGGCCGGUUCUGACUGGCCUGGAUGGAUGUGUAGGCGUGAAGCGUUUUGCAUGGUUCGCAAGGGGUUGAGGAUUUGAGCACGCAAGUAUGCGCACCGGUGGGCCAUGACUGCCAUGCCAUUGUGGCUACACAGGUAUGAUGGUCCGGCUGUGAAUGGUCCGGCUAUCAUUUACAAUGUCAUACAGUAGUCCACCGUUACACGGCAUUUGCCCUUGUUGGGCGCCCUGAUCAGCAUACAAAGACACAGCGGAUCCCGCUUCGUCUUGGCGAACAUGCUGGGCGCCUGAGAUCGCAAAUUCAGACGCGGAUACGGACUAUCCUUAUGGCAGCAAUGAGACACAUUCUCAUCCUGUCAGCCAAUGCUUAAUGACACGCUCGCGGACUCGUGCGCAGGGAGCUGUCCCAUGCUACUUAACCAGGGUUGGCCAAAACCUUAGAUAGCCGCGCGGACCUAACCCUUAGAUGAGCUUAUAUAUGCUUAUCUAUGCUUAUCUAAGUUAGGCAGGCCCACCUUAGACGGGGGGUGUCCCUAGGAGAAGUGGGUCAUAGACUGAGCCGUUUUUGCUGCGAAGUAGUUUAAUGCGUUGCUCCCUCCGUCCCCUUCUGUAAUCAACAGUCCGAAAGCCUGUGCUGCCCGACCCCACUGCACUCCAGCCCCUGACGGUCCCCAAACCCAUGCACGUCAAUGCCGCCGCAGCCGCUCUCAGCCUCAUUCGGCUCCCCAUAUGGGGCCCCAUGCACCCCACGCAGUCUACGUCAAGCCCCCAUAUGUAAUGAAAGAAUGCG